AUAAAUUUUUAUAUUAGGUUAAAAACAUAUUCGAACAAAGUAUCAAUUUAACUUAUACAUACAUAUAUAUGUAUAAUAUAUGCAUAUAUUAUAUUCAACGGUGCAGCUACUAUAUAUAUUCAAUAAUAUCGUAGUAUUAUUCAACAAUAAUUUUCUUCGUUUCACGGAGAUUGCAUAAUCUCCGUGUAAACUUUGCUUCCAUUUUUUAUUUAUAGAAUUAUACGAGAAUCUAAAUGUAAACUGAAUGUUUUGUACAUGAAAUGUGAGGAUUAUUCAAGAAAAAAAGCGUGAGAAAGAUGAAGUCUGACUGAAAGUCUCCUAUAACCGCACAUUAUAGCAUCAAGAGUGCUGAAUAUUUUACAUGUAGCAAUAAUGCUCAUUGCACUGAUUGCUCCAUCGCAUCGCGUUCUUAUUUCCGUGCGAAUUUGCAAACUUUAUUUGCAAAUUACAAGCGAAAUUAUACCCGGAAAGAUUACAGUGUGCAGAUAAUCAAUGCUGCCGACAGUCUCAAUGACUCUCCAUCAGUCGAUUGUGAAUACAAGAGCUGACAGAAUGCUCCUCGCAAUUUUGUGCAUCCUUGCAUUAUUGCUCAGCGAUAACACAAUCGUAUGUUCCCACCGAAUCGAUGAUAUAAUCCUAAAGUUUAUCGUCAAUGCAACGCCCGUUUUAUUUCCGCCGUCGAGGAUAUCUGUGCAUUUAUGUAUCGAUUAUGAAGACACGAUUAGAUUGUCGAAGCAAAUGUCGAAUCAUCAUUUGACACAUGGCAUUAAUAACUUUAUCAAAGAUUUUGACGGCAGGAUUUACAAUAACUUGGAACAUCAAAAUUUAUACAUGUUGGAUUUGAACUGCGAUUACGCCAUUGAAGUUUUACGACAGGCACAUUCGAAAAGAAUGUUUGUUGCUCCGACGAAGUGGUUGCUCGUUCAAGAUCGUAGAAUGAUAAUCGAUAAUACCAAUGUGACUUCUACGUACAAUGAUUCAAUAUUGGAGGUUUUCGAGGACAUAGCGGUCUAUCCUGACAGUGAUGUCAUCCUUGCCCGAAGGUACGACAAUGAUUUUCUCGAGCUAAUAUCCAUAUAUCGACCAAGUCCACAGAAAGGAGUAAUAUGGGAAGAGCGUGGCAAUUGGACAAUCCAAAGUGGCUUACGAAUGAGAACUUUCGACGUAGCUUCAGCAAGAAGAAGAAAUCUUCAACAAACGGCUCUUAAAUCUUGUAUUGUGGUGACAGAUCCUGAUACAGUUAAUCACCUGACUGACUUUGAAAAAAUUACUAUAGAUACAAUAACGAAGGUCAGUUAUCCCUGGAUACUUCAUUUAGCGAACCGGAUGAAUGCAACCAGUAUAAGUUUUCAAGUUUCAAACACCUGGGGAUAUACCCCAAACAAUGGGUCCUGGAGCGGAAUGACCGGAAUGUUACAUCGGCGUGAAAUCGAUAUCGGUGGUACAACUAUGUUAAUAACGGCAGACCGUAUGUCAGUAGUAAAAUUCAUCCAAUUGUACACACACACUAGCGCAUGUUUUAUAUUUCGACGGCCGUUAGUAUCAAAUGUAAAAAAUAUCUUUACGUUGCCUUUUAAACGAAACGUCUGGAUUGCGAUUGCUGUAUUUCUUGCUCUCGUACUUUGCUUACUAUACAUAUCUAUGAAAUGGGAAUAUCACACUGUAAAAAAAUCAGCUACCUAUCGGAACCAAUUAAAUACUGGUGAACAUGCCAUUGGCGAAAAUCUUCUCGUCCUUUUAGGGGCGUUUACACAACAAGGGUACUCGUAUGAACCAUACAUAAUCUCAACUCGAAUCAUCACUUUCAUGCUACUAAUAGCUUCUCUCAGUCUUUACACAUCUUACACGGCGAAUAUUGUGGCUCUUCUGCAAUCUACCACGGAUUCAAUCAAGACUCUUUCCGAUCUCUUGCACAGUUCGCUAACUUUAGGUGUAUUGGACAUCGUAUACUUUCGAUAUUAUUUCACGUCCUUUGAAGAUCCUAUUAGGAAGGCAAUUACAGAACAGAAAAUCGAGCCGAAGGGACGCAAAUCUGGUUGGAUGAGUCUAGAAGAAGGAGUAAAUCGCAUAAGAAACGAGCCUUUUGCAUUGCACGGUGGACGGGGCCAAAUAUAUUACGUUAUGCAACGCACGUAUCAAGAAGAGGAAAAAUGCGGUUUGAGUGAGAUUGAUUAUUUAGGCAUGACAUAUCCGCUUCUUGCAAUUCAAAAACAAUCGCCCUAUUCUGAAAUAAUAAAAAAUGGAGCCUUGAAACUGCGAGAAUAUGGACUCAAGUAUCGAGAAGAAUACAGAUUAUAUCCGCGAAAGCCGGUAUGCUCGAACCAGGCGGGCUAUAUCAAAAUCGGUUUUACGGAAUGCUACUUCGCGAUGGUCAUAAUGGGUUACGGAAUGCUGCUCAGUGUUAUUCUGCUUAUAUUGGAAUUCUUGUGGUACAAGAGACAGAAUAAGGAUGUGAUGGAAAAAACAGCUUCAGCUAUGACAGAUAAAGUGGAUCCUGGAACCAUAAAAUAUAUUGGAUAAAUUGCUGUCAGAAUAUGUAUCCGUUCAACAAAGUAGAAACAUGAAAUUACAGUAAACCAAUUAUGUUACCUUCUAUUAUUUUGCAGCUUUAGCAAAGGAAGGAACAAUCAACAAAAAA